AUGGGUGACCAGGAGGAUGAAGUGGUCGAGGCUGAGGAUGCAGAAGUAGCAGAGGGCAAGAAGCGCGCCAAGCGCAAGAUGGCCAUAGUGAUCGGGUUCAUUGGCACCAGGUAUCGGGGGUUGAUGAUCAACCCGGAAGUGGAACCCACCUCCGCCAAGAAAUCGGUGGAGGAGAUUGUGCGGCAGGCCAUGGUGCGGGCGGAGCUGGUGAGCGAGCUGAACUCCCAGCGCUUGGAGCAGAAGGUAGGCUGGAGCCGUUCCAGCCGCACGGAUGCGGGCGUGAGCGCUUUGCGCCUGGUGAUCUCAGCAAGGUUUCUGGUGAAUUUGGAUCAUCUGGACGACAUCGGCUUCUGCCAAGAAGUGGUGGAUGACCUGAACGCGGCCCUGCCGGAGGACAUCCGCUGCUUCAGCGCGCGGAAGGUGCCCAACAGCUUCGAUGCCAAGCACGCGUGCUCCUGGCGCGAGUACGAGUACAUUUUGCCUACACAUCUCGCGCAGCCCUUGAGCAGUGAUGGACCCUUCACCCCGGAAGACCUGGCGGAAAAGCUGGGCGCAGUGAUGCGGCAGUUCGAAGGCUGUCACUCCUUCCACAAUUUCACCCGACUCAAGGCGUCAGACUGCCUGCCCCGGGCCGAGAGAGGUGAGGAUGGAGGCAAGGGCAAGGGCAAGGGUAAGGGCAAAGGCGGCAAAGGCAAAGGAAAAGGAAAGGAUAAGGGCAAAGAGAAGCGGCGAGACAAGGGCAAGAAGCGGAAGGCCGAAGCCCUGGCCGAAGAAGUGGAAGAGCCAGCGGAGCCCCAAGCGGAGCCCCAAGCGGAGCCUCAAGCGGAGGAAGAGGAACCGGAGCCCCAAGCGCAGGCAGGCGAGGAUGCAGGCCGCGGUUUGCCAGAAAUCGUGGAGGCACCGGACAGUGCGGCAGCUGCGGCGGAAGGUACCAAGAGCGCCUGGGUGGAGAUGUGCAACAAGGCCCCUCAUGAGCAGCGCAAAUCCUCCAAGGGUGCGGACGGCGCUUGGCGGCACCGGCCACCGCAUGUGAUGAAGCACACGCAGAGCACCAUGCACAUGAUGACAGUGGAGCCUACUCUUGGAGGAAAGCUGCUGAGAAUCGUUCUGCGCGGUCAGUUCUUCCUUUACAACCAGAUUCGGUUGAUGGUGGGCACAGCAGUGGCCAUUGUCUCAGGGGUGCUGCCGGCAGAACUCCUGGAGGCGGCGCUGCUGCUGACCAUCGAGCUGCACAUGCCCAUGGCGCCUCCAACGGGGCUGCUUCUGCGCACUGCUGGCUUCUCGCGCUUGGACACUCGGGCCGGCGCGUGCGCCAUGGACCCUGCGCAGGCGGAAGAAUGCAUGUUGCCGCCAGAGGGCUUUGUCCUCAUGAACGAGAAGGCCUCCGCGGCGGCGCAGGACUUCGUGCUGCAGGUGGAGAAAGACAUGGACCUCCAGUGGACGGAGAGCCAGGAGGGCGACGCCUGGCGCGCCAAAUUGGCGCAGAUCCAGCCACCCACCGGUGCUGUCCUGGAGGAGUUGCGGGCCAUGCGAGCCACGGCGUCAAAGGACAACGCCGAGCUCCGCGCUUCGCAGGACUCCAAGGACGGCAAGCGCAGGGAGUCGCAACUGGCCAGCGGGGAGAGGUCCUAUGUCGGACUGCUGCCUCGACGCUUUGCGGCUGAGAGCCAAUGGCUGACGGUCAUCGAAGCGUCCUUCUGCACCUCGCGGAAAGGACUGGUGGGCCCAAAGGCGCGGAAGGUGGUGGUGCCGGUGGUGGGCCGCCGCUUCCCGGACGAGAUCUUCAGCUUUCUGCGGGGCUGCGGCCUGCUAAACUCCUCGGUGCGUCCAAGCACGGAGCGGAAGAUCCAAGGGCUGCGCUCGGGGAGCGAUGCGGACGGGGCGGGGAAGCCAGGCCAAGGAUGGCAGCCCUUCUUCGCGCGCCUGGUGCCGGAGGUUGGGCUCGCCCACACCUGCGCCCGGAUCACCGACUUCCCCCAGCAGGACGCCGACGCCGCAUCUCGCUGCCGGCGGGUGGUGUACCAGCUCAACGAAGACGCCUCCGGCAUCGACGUGCGGGUGCAGGUCAACCUGCACACUGCCUUCGCCCUGCUUUUGCACGGCAUUAGGUUCCCUGCGCUCGGCUACGAGGGUGACUGGCGGGUCUCGCAGGGAGUGCCCGCAGAGUUGGGGAAAGCAAAAGGAGCUCCCAGCUUCCGGCUCUUGGACAACAAGUUGGAUGCCAGGCACGCGCAGGUUGGCCUGAAGCAUCCUUUGCGGCCAGAGCAGCUGCGGUCGCUGAGCUGGAUGCUCCAGCAGGAGAGCUCCUGCACGCCGCUCACGAUGAUCUACCGCUGCUACUGGCAGCGAGCUCGACCCGAAGAGGAGGCUCCGAAAAGUUUGGCCAUCGACUGGACGCUGGAUUGCCGGAUCAUCGCCUCCUUCCGCGCGCGCAGUGGAAUUCUGGCCGACGAGAUGGGCUAUGGCAAAACAGUGCUGGCCAUCGCGCUGCAUGAGGCGCGGCAAGAGGAGGAGUUUGGGGAUAUGCCGGAGGUGGACCGGGGCACCAGCUUCCAGAGCAAGGCCACCCUGAUCUGCAUCCCCUCGCAUCUCCACGCCCAGUGGAAGCAGGAGAUCGCCAAGUUCACGGGCAAGAAGAACCAGGUGGUGGACCUGACGAAGGAGGCAGACCUCAAAAAGGCCACCGUCAGGAGCGUUCUGGAGGCCGACCUGGUGCUUUGCAACUACGAGCUGCUGCUUUCCCCGAAGUACAACGAGCGCCGGAAGAAGCUCGCGGAGCUGGCAGUGGCCACUGACGACUGGUUGGGAGGGGGGAAGAUCCUAACACUCCUUCAGAAGCUGCAGCUGGGAAUGUCCUCCUUCUUGCUGCAGCCGGAGAAGCAUCCCUGGUCCGGGUUCCUUACGGGCCAGGGCGCCAGCUCCAUGGGCCACCCUUUGCUGGAGCUCUUCUUCUGGAACCGCGUGAUCUUCGACGAGCUCCAUGAGGUGGCCCCGAAAAGCGCCGGCGACGACGCGGUGCUCCUGUGUCUGCGGGCACACCACUUCUGGGGCCUCACAGGCACACCGCUGCUGUCGAGCGCCAAGCACGUGGCAGCUAUGGCGGCCAUGCUGCGGGUGGACGUGGCGGGCCCGGGGAGCCACCUGCUGCAGGAUAGCGACCCAGUCCUGCUGGCCAACUGCGGCCGCUUCCUGGAUGCCUGUGUGCGCCAGAACACGGCGGAGCUGCCAAAGAUCCGGGUGGUGCAGCACCUGAGGCUGGUGAAGCACACGCCGCAGGAGCGAGCGCUGUACUUGUCGGCCUUGCACUCGGAGAGCUGGCGCACCGUGCUGAAGCGCAACGAGCGCCUGUUGAUUCUGUGCUCUCACUUCAGCGAGGAGCUUAUGGCGGAUCAGAGCGCCGGCGAGGCGUGCGUGAAGCUGCUGACGCGGCACCGCUGGGCCUCCGAAGCAGCGCUGGCGGCGCUCUGCCGCGUCCUCGGGUGGCGCCGGGCGCUGCGCUGCGCGCUGCAGAGCCUCGGCCUGGAGGAGGCGCCGCCGGCGAAGCCGCAGGAGGCGGAGGUAGGUGCGCUGGAGGAGGCGGAGGCAAAGGUGGCGCAGUCAGAUCUGAAGCAGCUCAUGGACGCCAAGCUGCAGGGGGAGAACUGGUGCGCCAAGCUCAGGCGCCUCCUCUUGGAGAAGCCCUCUGCGAGCCCCACGGAGGAGAAGCUCAAGGAGGCGAAGGACUUGAAGGCCUGGAGCAGCCGCUGCGAGGAGCUGCGGUUGAAGGCGCUGGAAACGCUGAUGAUGGCCAGAAGCCAACAGCGGUUCCUGGAGCGGACUCUGGACCUCAUGGCCAAGGACGAAGAGCGGAGCUGCGUAAUCUGCUUCCAGGACAACCUGGAACUGGGACAGAUGGGCAUCACCCCCUGCGCCCACUACUUUUGCCUUAGCUGCCUCCACCAGCAGGUGGAGCAGGGUGGGACCUGCGGAGUCUGCCGCCGCCCGAUGACCAAGAAGGACAUCCAGCCACUUAUGCAGGAGAUGGCUGAGACAGAGGCGCCUCUUGCAACGGGCAGCGCCGGAGCCUGGCAGAAGUUCGGGUCAAAGCUGGGGAAGGUGGUGGAGCUGUUGUGGGAGAUCAAGGCCAAAGAUGCUGCUGCGAAGUGCAUCGUGUUCUGCCAAUGGGACAGCCUGCUGGGCAACAUCGCCGCGGCUUUCAAAGACUUUGGGAUCCGCUAUGCCCGGCUACACGGCUCGGUCUACGCAAAGACGCGGACCUUGGCGAACUUUCAGGGUGCCAACUCGAAUGUGGACGUGCUGCUGCUGUCGCUCGAGCACAGCGCAAGCGGAACAAACCUGACAUGCGCCAACCACGUGAUUUUGGUGCACCCCAUGAAUGCCAACACCCGGGAGCAGUCUGUGGCCUUUGAGCUGCAGGCCAUCGCACGAGUGAGACGCUGGGGCCAACCCCGAAACGAGGUGCAUGUUUGGCGCUUCUGCACUUUGGGCACCAUUGAGGAGGAGCUGACGAAGGAGCAUCAGAAGGACAUGUACGAGAGCAGCGAAGCCUUGGAAAUGCCGCCGCCCGAGGCGCCCGACAAACCUCCUGGGCCUCCGGCCAAGCCGGCGGCCAAGGGAAGGAAGAGGAAGAAAGGUCCGGAAAACCAGUGGGCAUGUGCCCGAUGCACCUUGCGGAACGAGCCGGGCGCGCUGAUUUGCGCGGCCUGCGAAGGCAAGCGCCCAGGACUGGAAGGCCUGGAGGCCAAGGCGUUCAAGAAGCUCAAGGUCCCGGACAAGGAGGCGCCCAUCGAUUUGAGCCCCAGCAGUGAGCCAGAGCCCUCCAACUCGCCUGGGUGGCGCCUCAGCAACAUCCAGGCCGCGCUGGCGGCAAGGACCAAGAGCUGGCACCAAGAUCCGGGCACCAAGCCUGAGAAGAUGUCCAUGCCCCCGCAGACCCAGGAGCUGUUGGAAUACUGUGCCGAAGUGGGCAUUGAUGCGCUGGCAAGAGAAGGGGCUGAGCUGUGA